GCCCUGGACUCUUGCUACAACUCGCAGCCUCUGGCCUUUCCUUACCAGUGAUGCUCAGAGCAUUAGACAUAACUGCCGAUAUAACGACACCUAACCCUGAAAUUUUGUGUUUUGCAGCGCAGAAAACAGGAGGAGAAAGCCACAUAAACUCUGGCCUGAAGCAAGGCCAUAGUGAACUCCGCUGGAUGGGUCUUGCCAGAUGGCUGAUCUCAGUGUGCUUGUUCCUAGCCAUGUUUCACUUCUUCAACCUGGAGAAACUCUAGAUUGCAGUGGAAAAUAGCUCUGACGUCUCGUGUUGCAGUGGCAACCCAUAAAGCAAUCUCAUUCCAGAAAUCUGGAAAUCUGCUUUAGAUGAAGGAUUUAUUUGUGAAUGUUUGCUCUUUUCUGCCUGGAUACAAAGAUUUUUUUUUUUAACGGAAUAAAACAAAUUGUUACGAUCACUUCGGAUUAUCCCAAUUCACUGGAAGAAACAGAACAUGCAUACAUUCAAAUGUUGAAGAAAUCCCCCAUGGAAAUCCCCCAGUACACUUAUAAUCAGCUUUAUGCUCUAUUGCCUUAAAACUCAUCACUAAGCUAUAUUGCCUGAAAGUCAGGAAAGAAGCCGGUUUUGUAAGCAAAUGCUUGCAAAUGAGUUUGAGACCCAUAAAAUACCGUGUGUGCUACACUGUUCUCUACGGUGAAGAUCUGAAAAUUGGCUUCACUCCAGAGCCCCAACCCUGAGCAGAGAAAGAUGAGCUCUAAGGUCUUGCUGUGCCUCUCAUUGGCUCUCUCCAUCCAGGGUGGAGCCUUGCAACCUGUGCCUAUCCAGCCACCUCAGGCCUCAUAUGCCGAGGGCUCUACUGCUGUCCUGCAGUGCCCUCUGCAAAGUGGCAAGAUCCAGGACUACCAUGUCUUCUGGUUCCAGCAAAAGCCAAGCAAAAGCCCAGCCUUCAUCCUGAAGGAUGGCAACAAUGGGCAGAUAGAUAGAUCCUCUUCAUUUGAUGCACGUUUUGUGCCCAUUCGGGAUGCCAACACCAAUGCCUACAUCUUGCAGAUCCAGAAGGUGCAAACAGAUGAAAGUGCCACCUACUUCUGUCUAGCAGAGGGAAAUUAUUUCCAGAUAGCCGUUUCAGGGAGUGGAACACGGCUCAGCAUCACAGGAGGACAAUCGGCAAAAGUACCAUCAUCGGUCAUCAUAUUGUCUGAUGUUUCCCAGAAACCGGGCUCUUCCGAUGUCCAUGCCUUAUGCAUAGUUGAAGACUUCUACCCAGGCUUACUAGAGAUCAAGUGGAAUGCAGCUGGGAAGGAGAUAACUGAGGGAGUGACCUCUGGACAAGUGACCUCAAAUGAUGACGGCACUUACACCACCUCCAGCAUCCUGAAUGUAUCGCACCAUUUCUUUAACUCUGUCACCCCUAUUCAGUGCUCUGUGAGUCAUGAAUCUUCGGGGGCCAAGAUUGAACGCAGCCUGGAGUGGUGCAUGCAGAAGUGAACAGUUUCACCUCAACACCUCCCUUCUUCCCCUGCUGCCACUUCUCUUUCCCCUUUAGCUCUCUGCAAAGUGUGCCCUAGGGGCUCCAUGCUUUGGCUUCACCCUCAGUAAAAUAUAUUCACUUGUCA